AGACAGUGAAAUAUGGGGAAAGCAAGGGUAUCCCGAAAAGUGUAACAUGCACUAAUUAUUUGUCGGUGGUCACUGCACUAAGCAAUUAUGCUUCUAACCAUCCCGUGAUAAUUAAUAUUUUUGAAACCUCAGACCGUUUACCAGAAAAAAGAUUCGAGAUUAAAAUCAUGUGGAUUCCAGGUCACUGUGGUACAGUGGGAAAUGAAAAAGCAGAUGCGCAGGCAAAGGCGGCAGUGCUGUUAAACGAAAUAAUUGAAACCCAAAUAGGCUACAGAGAGUACAUUCCGAUUUAGCACUCCGCUACAAGAAAUUCUUUCAACAAAACCUGGCAAGGGCACGGACCUCAUACAACACUGAAAACGGUAAAGGAGAAUAUAGGACAAUGGGACUGCUCAACGAGGAUCAACCGGCGCGAAGAAAUCGUCCUAUGCCGACUACGACUAGGACAUACAAGAUAUACCCAUUCGUUCCUUACGGAUCGAGAACCAAGACCUGCCUGUGAAAACUGUAUGCCCUCGAACGGUACAACAUAUUUAGCAUUAACAGGAAAGGCCCCCUAGCGAGGCGAAAAACGACGAAAGGCCUGCGACCAACUCGUCGGGCUGAGCGAACUCCAUGUCUUCAUUGAGACAACAGGAUGACUCGUGGUCACGCAGUGCAGCAGGGCAGCUGGGGAGUUGGCACGUCUCAGGAUAAAGGCAGUGUUUCCCUUGAUGCACAGCUAAUGCUGGUCAUGUCACACAGUGUGUUACCUGGUGCCAAAAUAGCGGUCAGCUCAGUCCUCAACAGGGAUGUGAAACAGUUUGGCAAGCAACACCUGACAGAUGAUGAUGAUGAAACCUGCUGGAAUUCACAUCAGGGCACCCCGCAGUACAUCGGCGCCCGGCUGUCGGCACCGCACCGGCCGCGCCAGUUGCGCCUGCAGUUCCAGGGCGGGUUCGUCGGCGCCGACUGCUGGCUGGAGGCCGGCCCGGCGCCCGACCAGCUCCACCGACUGCACGCCUUCUAUCCGGACAACAUCAACCGGCUGCAGACGUUCGACGUCGACUGCCCCCAUCCGGUCACCCACGUCAAGGUGGUGUUCAACGGCAGCACCGACUUCUUCGGCCGCGUGGUCGUCUACCGGUUCGACCUGCUGGCGGACGCGGAGGACUCGGUGGACGGCCAACCGGUCGGCUAGUCUCGCGAUCUGACGCUGUGGUGUGUUGGCCCGAAGUUUGUGGGCAUUGACCUGGUGGUGGCGCACUGCACAUCUGUGGCGUCGGCCGGGUUGCUGCAUGUUCUGCAUUAUGGUGCUAUUUUUAUAUAAGUACACUGCAUAAUGUAUGUUUAAUUUUCGUUAUGUUAGCAUGCGUGCUCAUGGAAAGACCAAACGGGCGGCGCCGACAAGUAAGAGAUAUCCUAUUCUCAACCGAAUCAGCUGUGUCCUUUGGCUCAUUGCGCUCCGAAUCGAUGGAACACGCGCUGGUGAGAUCACCGGGCCGGACGAAGAAGUUUUGCUGGACAAUAUCUUCAAAUUACUUCAUCUCCAUUUCGCAAUUCGCUCGGUGUCCAAAGUGAUCUUACCAGUAUUCUUCCCGUCGUUGGGUGCCUUGAGGCGCUUCAUCGGAAUGUUUAUGGCUAGCCUUGCCAGCCAUCGGCGUUGGCUCCUAAGAGCUGAUCGCUAUCUUGGUGUACAGGAAAUGUCUCUCCAAAAUAUCAUUUCAAUCCAAUA